AUGUCUGAUGAAACGGCGUCCGAGGAAACGGCGUCUGAGGAAAGUAUCGGCGUUCUCUUUGUGAGGCGAGAUCUUAGACUUGCCAACAAUCCCAUUCUUCACCACCUGUCCGUUGACAUCCCCGGAGUCAUCAAAUACACCCCUACCCACCUUUUGGUAGUAUAUGUCCUGCCUCCCGACCAGGUUGAAACCUCUGGCCUCCUCAAGGCUGGAGAGGCAUCUCCGUACCCUCCAGCACUUUCGGAGAAUUCUCACGCCUGGAGAACUGGUCUCCACCGUGUCAGAUUCCUCGCAGAGUCGGUGUGGGAUAUGAAAGAGAGUCUCGAAGAGUUUGGGAUGGGGCUGAUUAUCCGAGUCGGAAGUUUCCCCGAAGUCUUGGAGAGCAUUAACUCUCAUUAUUCCAGACUGAAAUACGGCCCUCAGGUUUCCGAGGUGUAUAUUGCCAAGGGAUAUUCUGUGGAUGAGCUUAGAGAGGAGCGAGAGGUGUUUGCCACUUGCACUUACCUCGGGAUCCGCUAUGUCUCAUUCGAUGAUCGCAAGCCGCUCGUCAACCUAAAGGAUACCCCUAUGAGCCUCAUGGACAAUGUGCCUGAUGAGUUCUCCGCCUUUGAGAGCCAAGUUGACCCUUUGAUUGAUGGCGGUGGCGCUUCUCUUCAGGAACCUACCUGGUUGCCCCCUUUCCCGAACCAUGUGCCCAUUCCCCCCCAGUCAGGCCCAUUCGAGAUUCCCAAUACACUGGUGGGACUCAUCCAAAAGUUGGUCGACCCUGUGCGACUCGACUUUUCCUUCUUCAAUGGGCUCGACUUGAAUGGUGCGAUGCCCCUGACCCGCUGUGUGGGCGGAGAAACACGUGCUGUUGCGCAGCUGCGCUACGUAAUCAAGCAGGGCAUUGCAACGCGGUUCCAUGAAUCGAACGACCUGGAGGACAGUCAAGAAUGCCUCAGGCUUGCGGGCUACCUGUCCUUUGGAUGCAUUACAGCUCGGCAGAUCCACGAAGAGCUUUUGAAGCUGGAGAAUGGUACCGAGCCCGAUUACGAAGAGACUGACGGCUACAAUGAGGGCGUGACUCCCGGAACAAAGGCACUCCGAGCUGAGCUACUUCGCAGGGACUUUCUCCUGGUGAGCUCCAAAAAGCAUGGCCCCGACCUGUAUGACAUCAAUGGCUCUGGGCCAGGGCGAAACACCAACAUCGUGUGGAAGUCGCCCAACCCCGCGAAAGCCAGGCCUGACCAACAGCCUUCCACUCUCUACAUCGACGGGGUCAUGGUGCAGUUCCAAGUAGGAGCCACGGGCUAUGGCCUCGUUGACGCAAUCAUGAGGCAACUCAUCUUCACUGGGCAUGUGGGCACUCGCUCGCACAAGCUCAUUGUCAACUUCCUCGCCAAGUUUGCAGGCAUCGACUGGCAAAUGGGUGCGGAGUGGGUGGCUUCCCUGUCCUAUGAUCACGACACUUCCCUCCAAUGGUAUACGUGGCAACACUAUGCCGGGAUUGGUCCUGACCUCAGCGGCCGCGAGGCGGUCGUCUCUCCUGUCCAUGAAGCCUUCGAACUUGACCCCAAUGGUUCCUUCGUCCGAAAGUGGAUGCCAGAGUUGCGGCGCCUCACCAGGCUAUCGAACCUUUUCCAAGUAGGCACUACCUCUUCGGAGCUGUUGCUGCGGUUCGGCCUGCCAGGGCAUGUCAUGGUCACCAACCCGGUAUCGUCUGAUACUCUCAAUCUU